AUGAUAAAUCUAAACCAUGUUAAAAUGCUUUCCAAAUAUUCAAAGAGAGAUAUUCAAAAAAGUUAAAAAAGGAUUAAACAUUAACAUAAAAAUGAUAUUGAUGAUUUAAUAUUACAGAAAUGGAAAUUCUUGCUAGAUGAUUAAAGAGAACCAUACAAAAAAAAUAUUGAAAAAACUUAGGUUAAAUUAACUUAAAUUGAAGUAUAAGCAAAUUAUUCAGACAAGAAAAACAACUCUCAAAAAAAGUUAAAUUAUGAAAAUCCAUAAUAACAUUUCUUUUUUAUAUAAAAUAUUUUUAUUUUAUUUUAACUUAUAUUUGUUACAAACUGA